UGACGGACCGGGGUCACAUGACGGUGGGAGCUGGAGCCGGGGAGCGGGAGCGGAGCGGCCGCCGCUGGGGGUGAUGCCAUGGCCGCUGCCAGCUCCAGCAGGGCCAGGGCCGGGCUGCCCUGCGAGAAGUCUCCGCUGUCCGUGAAAGUUGUGUCUGUGAAGCCCAAGGCCCAGAGCCGCCCGGCACGCAUGAACUGCUACGUGGAGGUGGCCGGUGACGGGCUGCCCAGCGAGACCAAGAAGACGGGGAAGCAGAUGGGUGUCUCAGAGCUGCUGUGGAACGAGAUCCUCACCCUGAAUGUCACGGCUCAGAGCCACUUGGAGCUGAAGGUGUGGAUCUGCCACACGCUGAGGAACGAGCUGCUGGGCGCCGCCUCGGUCAGCCUCGGCAGCCUGCUCAAGGGCGGCGGCAAGCUGGAGAACAGGCAGCUGACCCUGGACCUGCAGACGGAGAACAAAGGCAGCGUUGUUUCGGGCGGAGAGCUGACGGUGUUCCUGGACGGGCCGGCUGUUGCUCUGGGCAGCGUUCCCGUUGUUCCCGACGGCAGUGCGGGCUCUGAGGGUGAGUGUGGGUGGUCCCAGGCGCCUGGACGGGACCCCAGCAGCACAGCCGUGGGCACGGAGGGCCGGCACCAACCUCCCAGCACCAACUGCUUUGGCAGCAGACCCAGGACACACCGACAUGCGGCCGGAGCAGCGCGGGGAAACGCGAGCAGCGGGGAGCAAAGUCCCAGCGCCAGGAGCCGGCACCGGCAGCAGGCCAAGAGCUCGCAGCACACCAGCACAGCCACCAGCAUGGCCAACGGCACGGCCACCAGCAUGGCCAACGGCGUGGCCAACGGUGUGGCCACCAGCACGGCCAAUGGCGUGGCCAACGGCACGGCCAACGGCACGACCACCGGCAUGGCCAACGGCACAGUGAACGGGGACGCCGUGGCUGCCGUGGACAUGGACGAGGACAGGCCGGCAGCAGGGCCCAGCGUUCCCAGCCCGGCGGCGCCCGGCACGGCCGAGGGCUCCUCUGCUCCUGCCCCUCCUGCCCUCAGCGGCUCCAGGGAGGCAGAGGAGGCGGCCUCGGGCUCCAGUGCCCCCCCGGCCCGGGCAGCCGUGCUCGCCCUGGAUGCUCUGCCCCCCGGGUGGGAGCAGCGGGAGCUGCCGAAUGGGAGAGUCUACUAUGUAGACCACAACAACAAGACCACGACGUGGGAGAGACCCCUUCCUCCAGGGUGGGAGAAGCGCGUGGAUCCUCGGGGCAGGUACUACUACGUGGACCACAACACCCGCACCACCACGUGGCAGCGCCCCACGGCCGAGUACGUCCGCAACUACGAGCAGUGGCAGUCGCAGCGCAACCAGCUGCAAGGGGCCAUGCAGCACUUCAGCCAGAGGUUCCUGUACCAGUCCUCCGGAGCCCCGUCCGACAAUGAUCCUCUGGGGCCCCUUCCUCCCGGCUGGGAGAAGAGACAGGACAAUGGGCGAGUGUAUUACGUGAACCACAACACCCGGACCACGCAGUGGGAGGACCCUCGCACGCAGGGGAUGAUCCAGGAGCCGCCGCUGCCGCCGGGCUGGGAGAUGAAGUACACGAACGAGAGCGUGCGCUACUUCGUGGACCACAACACCCGCACCACCACCUUCAAGGACCCGCGCCCGGGCUUCGAGUCGGGGAGCAAGCACGGCGGCUCCCCGGGCGCCUACGACCGGAGCUUUCGCUGGAAGUACCACCAGUUCCGCUUCCUCUGCCACUCAAACGCGCUGCCCAGCCACGUGAAGAUCAGCGUGUCUCGGCAGACGCUCUUCGAGGACUCCUUCCAGCAGAUCAUGAACAUGAAGCCGUAUGACCUGCGGCGCCGGCUGUACAUCAUCAUGAGAGGGGAGGAGGGCCUGGACUACGGUGGCAUCGCCAGGGAGUGGUUCUUCCUCCUGUCCCACGAGGUGCUCAACCCCAUGUACUGCCUCUUUGAGUAUGCAGGCAAGAACAACUACUGCCUGCAGAUCAACCCUGCCUCCUCCAUCAACCCCGACCACCUCACCUACUUCCGCUUCAUCGGCCGCUUCAUCGCCAUGGCUCUGUACCACGGGAAGUUCAUCGAUACCGGCUUCACGCUGCCCUUCUACAAACGGAUGCUGAACAAGCGCCCGACGCUCAAGGACCUGGAGUCCAUCGACCCCGAGUUCUACAACUCCAUCGUGUGGACCAAGGAGAACAGCCUGGAGGAGUGCGGCCUGGAGCUGUACUUCAUCCAGGACAUGGAGAUCCUGGGCAAGGUGACCACCCACGAGCUGAAGGAGGGCGGUGAGAGCAUCCGUGUGACGGAGGAGAACAAGGAGGAGUACAUCAUGCUGCUGACGGACUGGAGGUUCACUCGGGGCGUGGAGGAGCAGACCAAGGCGUUCCUGGACGGCUUCAACGAGGUGGUGCCGCUGGAGUGGCUGCGCUACUUCGACGAGAAGGAGCUGGAGCUGAUGCUGUGCGGGAUGCAGGAGAUCGACAUGAACGACUGGCAGAAAAAUACCAUCUACAGGCACUACACCAAGAACAGCAAACAGAUCCAGUGGUUCUGGCAGGUGGUUAAGGAGAUGGACAACGAGAAGAGGAUCCGGCUGCUGCAGUUCGUGACGGGGACCUGCCGCCUGCCCGUCGGGGGCUUUGCUGAGCUCAUCGGCAGCAACGGGCCCCAGAAAUUCUGCAUCGAUAAAGUUGGCAAAGAGACGUGGCUGCCACGGAGUCACACGUGCUUCAACCGCCUGGAUCUCCCUCCCUACAAGAGCUAUGAACAGCUGAAGGAGAAGCUGCUUUACGCCAUCGAGGAGACGGAAGGCUUUGGACAGGAGUGAUGGAGCUGUGGGGCGUUCCCGGAGCGCUGCCGGCUGGUGCCCAGGGCCCAGCCCUGCCCGGGGUGUGCUCCCCAUGGACACUGUGGCUUCUGCUCCUGGGCGAGCUCUGCACUGAUACGGCCCCGGGGGAACGGGGCUGUGUUUCCCUCCCUAAGGAAAUCUGAGCUGUGAUGGAGAGGAGGACACGAGGGCUUGGCUUGCACGGGCUGGCGCAGAGGGGCUGGGGGGCAGCACAGGGGGCACCGGGGCUCCCCAGCCCUCUCCACAGACACAGUUACGUGUUUGGUAGAUGCUCCUCUUCCCCCUCGUGUUUUCUGCCUUUUCAUGGCAUUUUGGUAGUGGCAGGUGAGGGGGAAAUGACACUCAGAUUGACUUCUGGGCCCCAUCCUGCAGCCAGCAUUCAGCAACAGUGACAGGGACCCCCAAGACGAUGCUUCUGAGGGGCUCUUGUGCUCCAUCUGAGCACCAGGACAGCCCCUUGCUAGGCCAGAUCCGCAGCCUCUGGAGCCAGAG